ACAGAUAUCACGGAUUCAGUGACACCCGUGUUUCUCGUUCGCACUCGACGCUUCACGGCAGUGUCACCGAUGCCGUCUGCCCGUGUGAAGAUGGUCCACCGGUGACCUUGGUCAGGCCGCUGCCGGUCCGCCGUAUAAAAGCAGCCCGCUCUGACCUGCAGGCCACCAGUUGACGGAGACAGUCGAGACCGACUCACCGGUACCACAGAACUCCACUGAGACGACCAUGAAGCUUCUCCUGGUGCUUGCCGUGCUCGGUCUGGCCACCGCUCGGCCCGAGGAGCGCGGCUACGGCUCUCAGCCCGCCAGCGGCUACGGAGCGCCCCCUGAACAGGAGGGAGCCGCCUCCGGGCAGCAGCCCAGCGUCCAGACGGCCUACAGCACGCCCGACGGAGCCGCCUCCGGACCCGAGGGCAACGUCGCAGAACUGCCGGCCUCCUACAACUUCGAGUACGCCGUGCAGGACGACGAGAGUGGCAACAACUUUGGACAGCAGGAGACCCGCGACGGCGACGCCACGUCGGGCUCCUACUAUGUGCAGAUGGCCGACGGCCGCAUGCAGAUCGUCAACUACUCGGUUGAGGGCGACUCCGGAUACGUCGUCGAUAUUCAGUACGAGGGAGAGGCAAACAUCGAUGCCGCAGCGUCUGGCCAGGAGGGAAACGUGGCAACGCCCAACCAGUCCUAUGGACUGUAAGUGGAGCAGCAUCAUCAUCGGUCUUUGGAGUUAAUAUUGCAACACUUCGCUUGCCAUUACCUGAUAUCGUGAAGCUGAUGUAAAUGAUCGACCGGAAUGCCUCAAUGUAUCAUUGUGUAGAUUUGAGACGAUUUCUCAUCGAGUGGAUGGUUAUUUAUUUCAGUGUGUAAAUAAUCUUAUUUAUGUCAUGUGUGAUCUUUCUGUUAUGUGAUCUGUGUCCUGAAAUGAAAAAAAAAAUACAUGCAAC